AUGAAAAGAGAGAAGAUCUAUCGGAGAUUUUAUCUAAUGUUAAAGAUGUUAAUGAAUAAAUAUUCAGUGUGAUAAUUGAAAUAUUUAGAAAAGAAAAUAUUCAGAUAGUUUAGGAUAUCUAUAACAAGAAGAUGUUGAUAAAGAUUAGAAGUUAAAUGUAGUAACAAAUAACAUUAAGAUAAUAAUUAAUAUUCUCAAAUAAAUAAGAGACCAUGAUUUUAAUUAAAAUGACUAUUCCACUGAAAUCUAUUUGCAAACGAGACAAAGUUUAAAGGAAAAUAUAAAAGAGGAUUAGAAGAUCAUCAAAUCUUUAUAAUUUUUACUUCAGUUUACAUCUUUGGAUAACUAAUUCAUCUAAAGUGGAUCUAAUUCAUUAAAUUUAUUAAUUGAAAGGAAGAUUGAUCUUACAAAAAAAAGCUUUGAAAACAUCAAGAUCAAAAACACUUCUUUGAUUGGAGCGAACUUUGUAAGAUGCAAUUUGAGCGGAUCUUAUUUCGAAAAUGUAUGUAUAAGCAGAAUGAACUUGAAUGGGGCAUAAUUAUUUAAUUGA